AUGCUAGUCUACUUCGAACCAGCAGCAAUGUGUGGCCUACGGACGGACCUUGUUAUAGCACCGCUUCCAGCAAGGAAGCAACUAUGGGAGGCAGGUGAUGAGCUGUUGUGGAAGGCGGAAAGUCAAAGAGAAUCUGGGUUCCAGACUGUAUAUGGGCUGGCUGCAAGUGGUGACCUAGUUCAACUAGGGAAAGAUCAGCUACACUCAACUAAUGAAGUGCUCCUCCACAAGACCGUUACUGCCAGGGGCUCUGCAAACUGGGAGGAGUGGUGCUCGGGGAUGGAUGGACUUGGCGGACUUGGUAGUCCUCUGCCAACAGUUGAGCGAAAUAGCGAUGGGAAAGUUUACAUAGAGGAAGAAAAACAGGGCAGGACAUUCUAA